AUGUACACAGUUACAAGCCGGUGUACCCAAGGUGUGAACACAACACUAUUUUGUGCCGGUAAUUUUAACAGCCGCUUAUACUCAGUUUGGACGAAGUUACACAUGUAGUACAGUCUACUAUGACAUACUAGACCUAAGCAUAUUUUUGAAAGUCUAUUUUCUACCUGAAUCCAGAAUGCGAUACGCAGUCUCUUAUAAAAGCGAAUAAAUCCGUGCAACACAAUUUUUCUACUACUGAAGAUUAGUUUUUGGCUUGCCAAAUGAAAAAUUUUUGAUUUAGAACGAAAGGUAAAUUAACAGUACGUGCAGCAUGAGACAGCAGAAAUGUUUAUUUAUCUAUCAGCUCCUAGGGAAACCGUUUACAUUUUUAUCAUUUGUUGGGGAGGGAGCUGGUGGGAUUUGAGUAUUAUUGAGCAUUCCUAAACAAUAUGUCUUCAAAGGGGAGCCAGUCGAAAAAAUUUGGUGUGUAAAUAGGACCCCCAAAAAUGCCUCUAAGUUUUGUAAUAAAAACCAAAUAAUGACAUCUCUCUUAAGCAUUAACAAAAAUUCUAAUAUAGAGAGAGGCCAUUAUAUAUUACAGAAACUACUUUUCAAAUCCCACCACCUUCCACCACCCCAUGAAUAUUAUAUCUCUCUAAAUUUCACGGUUUCAGAUGCCCAAGAGGCUAACUAUGACAGCGUUUUUGUGUCUCCUUUUGGACUUGACUCCAACAACUGUGGCACCGAGGCUCGCCCUUGUCAGACCAUCACCAAAGCCGUUCGCCAAGUGAGCUGGGGAGGAAAUAUAUACCUCAAUGGGAGUGGGACCGAGAACGUACUUUACAACUGUGGCCAAUCGAACGAGCAGCCAGACUUAAACAUCAAGAAAAGUUUGAACAUCAUAGGAUUCUUGUUGCCACUCGUUUACUGCGAGGGGGGAUUUCAUUUCCAAGAGGACAAUGAUGAGCGGCAGAUACAGGUGAAAUUAUCGGGGAUCGUUUUCAAACGAACGUCUCUCAGUUUUGAAGACUGUCAGCGCGUAACAAUUGACAACUGUACGUUUCGUGACGGUUCAGAAGUUCUGAAUGUCUAUUUACAGAACGUUUCUACAUUUCAGUUGGAUAUCACAGGAUACUCAUUAUUUCAGAACAACUCGUUAUGCCUCAUGCUUCUUUUUCAAGAAAAUGUCAGGAACAAGAGUAGGUUUGUGACAGUCAAUGUAAAUAAUACAAAUUUUAUAAGGAAUGGAUACCACUUUGAACGUCCUUUUCACAGAGGAGGCUUGCAGAUUUUAUCAAAGGAAAGAAAUGCUAUAAAAAUGGAACACAUCAAUAUCUCUUGCAACGGAGUUAAAUUUGUUCACAACACUGGAUUCUUUAUAGACCUUUACGUUCCAAACGUACUGACAAACGAGACAUAUAAAGAUUUGAAUUUGACUUUCAAUAAAUCACCAGGGUACACUAACACUCUUUAUUAUUCUAUAGCGAAAAAACCCCACGUGAAGUUUAUAGCCUUACAAUGCUCUAGCAAUCCAUCUUCACGGUGUAUUAAAAUCCGGUCUGACAAAGCAGAAGUUGAUAUCCAGGGUUCUCUCUUCAACAACAUUUUUCAAGCUCUGUAUCUAGACUCGAGGAUCUGCGCAUCCUUAAGAAUUUUCAGAUCAAGGUUUAUCACAAUUAAUGCAGCUUCCGAUGGUUCAUUGUUUGCUACAAGCUCACGAGGAUUUCUCAGAAUCAACAUUACCAGUGUCUUGUUCAGAACCUGCAAGGCCAAGAAGUAUGGAUGCGUAAUAGUGAUAGGGAAACCAAAAGAAGGACAUGGGCGUCGACAUAACGAGUCCAUUCCGGAUGAAUUAUAUUUCACUCUCAGAGAUGUCACAAUUGAACAGUGGGCAGGUAGAAAUUCCAAAUGUUCAGCUGUAUAUAUUCUUCAUAAAGGUGGAAAAGUGACAAUAGAAGAUUCAAGGUUUUAUAAAAAGAGGUUAACAUCAGUGGAUGGUGCUUUGAAUGUGAAGACGAUAGGAGGGAAAUCUAACAUCACAGUUUCAAACUGCUCAUUCAUAGAUAAAUGCGUGUACAAAAGACGAGCGAUCGCUUUCCAAAUAGUGGCAUCAAAUGGAAAUGCCGGUAGUGUAGUAAUAUCAAACUCCCGGUUCAUAAGCAGCGGAAAGAAACAGAAGGCCUUAUUGUUAAGUCCCAAAUACCGCAUGAGAUUGGUCAAUAUAACAGUGAUAUCAUUUCGUUCUGGAUUCCAGGUACUAUCAUCGCCUCCCAGAAAUGACACUUUUCCGAUUGAUAUCUACGUCGACAAAUGCACUUUCAUGAAUAACAUUUUUGAUAUGCUGUUGACUCUCCUUGAUCCAACCUCAGUCUACAUAACCAUUCAAAACACCAUUUUCAUUAGUACUGAGACAAGUUUUCGAAAAAGUUAUGCUAUUCGGCUUAAUAUUCCACCAUUGAAAAAUAUCAGCUCAACAAUUGCAGUCAUAAAGUUGGACAAUGACACUUUCAACUCUAAACCGUCGAGCAACUUUGCUCUUUUCUUUAAAGGAAAGAAAAGCGUGACAAUAAAGGGCUGUAUGUUUAGCAACUGUUGGUAUGCGUUUUCGGAUGCACAGAGGUGGACGAUAGAGAAAACGGACGAUUUUUAUGAAACCGGUUCUGGUGCUAUUUCGAUAUUGACGUUCCCUGAUAGAGCUUUGAAGAAUGGAUGUCUUCACUCAAACACUAUUGAUGACACACAUCCUCUGUGGCAAUACGAAAGUCAUGUAAUAUUCGAAGAUACUGUGUUUAAGCAGAACGUGGGCUUGAUUUCUGGUGGAGUCCACAUAAGUAACGGAUUCACCACGUUUAUUAGAUGUGUCUUUCAAGAUAAUUUUGGCAUUCAACAGAGCGGGCACAUUUAUUCUGCAUAUGGAACUGGUAGAGUGGACUUGGAAGAUUGUUUAUUCUCUCGAACCAAGGAGAAAACUUUGAUAUCUAAUGUUUCCUACGAUAACGCCAUUUUCACAUAUUCUGAAAGUGGAGGGCCUUUAAGAGUUAAAAACACGUCUUUCACAUCAGUGGUCCCUGCAAGGAGCAACUUUCGGAUGUUUGACAUUUCUAGUGGCGGGUACGUCUACGUGGAUGAUAAAACCACAAUGAAGUGUAGCAAGGGAAGUAAGCUAUUAUUCGAAAAUGCCACCCAUAUUAUAUAUACGGAGGAAAAAGGCGUUUCUUGUAGAAUAAACGUUACUGUUUUGAAGUACUCUUGUGUUUCAUGUCCACCAGGUUAUUAUAGCCUCCAAAAAGGAACUUCACGAGGAUUAUUUGUUAAUUCCACUGUGGAGUGUCUUCAGUGUCCAUUCGGUGCCAGUUGCAUUGAAAGAAAUAUAGCUGCAAAACCAAAUUUCUGGGGUUAUCAAGCAAGGAAUAGUCGCCAACAGCAACUGCAAUUUUCUCCUUGUCCGGAACAUUACUGUAAAAGUCCAUCACAGGAUUCAAAAGAGUCAAGAGAGAAUGAGCUAGAUCAUUCUCUCUUGAAAGAGUGUAACAGUUGUCAUGGGAAAAGAUAUGGUACUCUCUGUGGAAAGUGCGCCAAGGGAUUCACAGAAUCUCUGUUUUCAACCGAAUGCUCUAAAACCACAGAAUGCAACAAUUAUUGGAUUUGGGUUAUGAUGAUGCUUUUGUCACUCGGAUUGGUGCUUUAUCUGUUGAUACGACCGCCCAUUCUGAAUUUCCUUGUACAUCAGACCUUUUGGUAUAGAAGAGACAACGCCCAUCAAGUAAGACAACACGAAGACUCAGACAGCGGGUACAUCAAAAUAAUAUUUUAUUUCUACCAAGUUGCAGGGCUUCAGAUUGACACAGCCAUGAAAAGUCAGCUUAAAAAAUUGCCCUUUUUUGCCUUCGUGAUUUCAUCCAUUCAUUUUCAAGUUACAACCGUCAAUAAUAUCGGAUGCCCUUUUCCAGGUCUUACAACAGUGACAAAAGAGCUUCUUCUAUCUGGGACUGUUCUCUUGACAAUGGCAAACGUUUUCACUGUGUUUUUUGUACAUUUGUUCAUCAACACGUUGAGGCAAAAAGAUAAGCCAAAGCUUAUACACUACAUGGCCGUUUUUAUGGAGGUAUUAUUGCUGGGUUAUGUGCGGUUGGCAGAAAUGUCUCUGAAACUGAUGCAUUGUGUUUCAGUUGGAUCUAAAAAUAGGCUUUUAUCGAUGGAAAUGUUCCUUGUUUGCAAUGGUGGCAGUAUACACUGUUGGGUUACAUUGCAGUGUUUGUAUUGCCAUUCACCCUGGUACUCUGCUGGGGUUCUUCAAACUUUACAUCUUCUGUUAAAGCAGGAGGUUUCUCCCAGCCUGUGUGUUUCCAUUGCCUUUUUCUCAUCUAUUGGCUUUACCGGAGAAUUCGGGAUAGAGGAGCAGAAAACGAGUCGGGGAGUAAUCAGGAAGUCGACAAAGAUGUUUCAAAAAUACUCUAUGGCCCAUUUCGCCCUCCAGACAGUGCCAACAAAGGGACCCUCUACUGGGAAAGUGUUCUGA